UGGACAGAACUGCCCGCAUUCUUGGUUCAAUAUUAUAGAUUGCCCAUCCAUAUUCUUUCUCAAACGCCUCCACGCUACCCGCUGCUCACCCAAACCAGUUUGUUUCUCAACUCUCACCAUUUUAAGGCACCUACUCCACAGUGUCCACACAGUGGGUACGCAUUAAAAAGCUUGUUCCUUCUUCUUCUUCUUCCUCCUUCGUUCUCGGUAUUAUUGAUUAUAAAUUAAAUAGCUUGUUCCUUUUGAUUGGUCUCUUGGCACGUUUGUGCAACUCGAAGCUGCUGAUACAGAAAGGAACCCACCUCAGAUAGGCUCAGAAAUUAAGGGAAAGUGAACAAUGAACAAGGAUAAGAUUUUCAAGCUAGCCAAGGGCUUCAGAGGAAGGGCCAAGAAUUGCAUAAGGAUUGCCAGAGAGAGGGUGGAGAAGGCCUUGCAGUAUUCCUACAGGGAUCGCCGCACCAAGAAGCGAGACAUGCGCUCCCUAUGGAUCCAACGCAUCAAUGCUGGCACCCGCAUCCAUGGUGUUAAUUAUGGGAAUUUCAUGCAUGGGUUGAUGAAGGAGAACAUUCAGCUGAACAGGAAAGUUUUGUCAGAGCUGUCCAUGCACGAACCAUACAGUUUCAAGGCCCUGGUAGACAUCUCUCGCACUGCCUUCCCUGGGAACAAGAACGUGGUGCAUGCUCCCAAAAAGGAAGGCCUUUCAAUGCUUGUGUAACUGACCAUUUAGUUAAAUCCAUCUUUGCUUUAUAUUUUAGAGCUUGUAUGGAACUGAACUUUCUGAGUCUCUCUUUUUGUCUUUUGGUCCUUUAGAUUUUGGUUAAGAUUAUUGCUUGAUGAUGCAAAUUUUAGUGACCUUGCUAGCC